CAGUCGUGUUAAGUGCUUCGUUCAAUAUGCUAGUUUUGAUAAUUAUUUCAAUUUUAAUUUUCGGCAAUAGUUGCACCGCUCAAACCAAUAAAUUUGAAGCGACGAUUGACUGUCUACAGUAUAACGCUGGUCAUGGCUACAACCACGCACAGCCAUACUUCCCAACGGGCCGAUUUCAGAACAUUAAAAUCUCUAAGGGCAAGGUUAUCCAAUUCCGUUUAGGCGUUGUUGGUCCCAGUGACGGUCACAUUCGGCUAGCGCCAGUGAUAUUUCCUUACAAUAACACAGAAAUGCACGAAAUCGUACUCUCUGGUUGGUGGAACACCAAAACGGUCGUUCGUCGUUAUACGCGAGAACAACCUGAUAAAACAACUAAUUUAAAAGUGCUGAAAGAGCAGGCCAGCCAUGGUAUGCUGUCAACCUUUACGCCCUUUAUGUUCACAAUGACAGUCCACCCUAAUGGGUUAGUACAGUUAACACGAGAUGACGAUUUUGUCCCAUUCCUGGAAUUUACCGAUGCAAAGUUUUCGGCGAAGUAUAUCGGAUUCUGCAAUUGGGAAAAUCCGCUGGUGUUUUUCUAUGAUUGCCCGCUGGAGGUAGAUCGAAGAAAGUGUGAAGGCAUCACGUUCAGUUAGUUGGUUUUACCGGCGCCGAUGUGAGGCGUUAGCCAAUGGGGAAAUGGAAUUCUAAGACAUCGUUUUGAGUUAUGCUCGAAACCGGAGGCGAAGGUGCAUUUUCAUAUGUAUUAUAAAAUAGCAUAGCAUAGACAACCGUACACACCAUGAGUGGUUGAUAUGGUGUACCCUUAAGUACAUCAUACACCUGGCCAUGCCCUUACGAUUGUAGAAAUGGGAACGUUAGUUGAACACCUACUUUAAGAGGAUGCGCAAAAACUCACGCUAUCUUCAUAGGUGUUCAUGUACCCAGUAAUAUACGAUAUGAAUAUAUAAGCAUAAAAAUAAAAUUAAAUGGAUCACAUGUGGGCAAAAAUAGAACAAUCUCACCAGCAAUUCGUCGAAUGAAACAUGCGUCAUUUGUGUUUCCAUCAAUGCAUCUAAUAUCCAAUAAUUAAUUUAAUAUUUCCUUCUGAUAUCCAUGUGCAUUAUUUAAACUUGUCUCGGUCAAAGUUUUCACUGUACAGUAGGAGGUACUUGAUGAGCUAAAACAAUACAAAUUAUUAGAAUAAUAUAU